UAUUCUUUUUGUUUCCAUUUAAACUGUAAUUGUACAAAUAUCUUUAUGCUUGUUUUAUAAGAUUUCAACAUGAAGAAUGUCACUGAGGUUACUACAUUUAUACUGAAGGGUUUCACGGAAAAUUUACAAGGGCAAAUCAUCUUAUUCUUUGUGUUUCUAGCAAUUUACCUCUUUACUCUGGUGGGAAAUUUAGGGCUAGUUGUAUUGGUCAUUGGGGAUUCCAGGCUCCACAACCCCAUGUACUACUUUUUGAGUGUGUUAUCAUCAGUGGAUGCCUGCAUUUCCUCAGUAAUUAUUCCAAAUAUGUUAGUAGAUUUUCUGUCAAAGAAUAAAGUCAUUUCAUUUCUUGGAUGUGCAACACAGAUGUUUGUAGUAGCUACUUUUGGGACCGCGGAAUGCUUCCUCUUGGCUGCAAUGGCAUAUGAUCGCUAUGUGGCAAUCUACAACCCUCUCCUGUAUUCAGUUAGCAUGUCACCCAGAGUCUAUGUGCCACUCAUCAUUGCUUCUUACAUAGGUGGCAUUGUGAAUGCCUCUACACACACAGUAGCCACUUUUAGCCUAUCCUUCUGUGCCUCCAAUGAAAUCAGACAUGUCUUUUGUGACAUCCCUCCUCUCCUUGCUAUUUCCUGUUCUGACACUCACAUAAACCAGCUUCUACUCUUCUACUUUGUGGGCUCCAUUGAGAUCGUCACUAUCCUGAUUGUCCUGAUCUCCUAUGGCUUCAUUCUGUUGGCCAUUCUGAGGACACGUUCUGCUGAGGGGAGGAGAAAAGUCUUCUCUACAUGUGGCUCUCACUUAACAGGAGUGUCAGUUUAUCAUGGAACCAUCCUCUUCAUGUAUGUGAGACCGAGUUCCAGCUAUGCCUUGGACCAUGACAUGAUAGUGUCAACAUUUUACACCAUUGUGAUUCCCAUGCUGAAUCCCAUCAUCUACAGUCUUAGGAACAAAGAUGUGAAAGAGGCAAUGAAAAGAGUAUUUGGGAAAAAUGGGUUUUUCAGUAAAGUAUCUUUUUACAGUUAA